AUGGACGUGGACGUGGACGUGGACGUGGACGUGGACGUGGACGUGGACGUGGACGUGGACAUGGACGUGGACGUGGACGUGGACGUGGAAAUGGACGUGGACGUGGACGUAGACGUGGACGUGGACAUGGACGUAGACGUGGACGUGGACGUAGACGUGGACGUGGACGUGGACGUGGAGGACGUGGACGUGGACGUGGACGUGGACGUGGACGUGGAGAACUUGGACGUGGACAUGGACGUGAACGUGGACGUGGACGUAGACGUGGAGGACUUGGACGUGGACAUGGACGUGGACAUGGAGUGGACGUGGAUGGGACGUGGACUGGACGUGGACGUGGACAUGGACGUGGACGUGGACGUGGACGUGGACGUGGACGUGGACGUGGAGGACGUGGACGUGGACGUGGACGUGGAGAACUUGGACGUGGACGUGGAGGACGUGUACGUGGACGUGGACGUGGAGAACUUGGACGUGGACAUGGACGUGAACGUGGACGUGGACGUGGACGUGGAGGACUUGGACGUGGACAUGGACGUGGACGUGGACGUGGACAUGGACGUGGACGUGGACGUGGACGUGGACGUGGACGUGGACAUGGACGUGGACGUGGACGUGGACGUGGACGUGGACAUGGACCUGGACAUGGACGUGGACGUGGACGUGAACGUGAACAUGGACGUGGACGUGGACAUGGUCGUGGACGUGGACGUGGAGGUGGACAUUGACGUGGACGACGUGGACGUGGACGUGGACGUGGACGUAGACGUAGACGUGGACGUAGACGUGGACGUGGACGUGGACGUGGACGUGGACGUGGAGGACGUGGACGUGGACGUGGACGUGGACGUGGACGUGGACGUGGAGAACUUGGACGUGGACAUGGACGUGAACGUGGACGUGGACGUGGACGUGGAGGACUUGGACGUGGACAUGGACGACGUGGACGUGGACGUGGACGUGGACGUGGAGGACGUGGACGUGGACGUGGACGUGGAGAACUUGGACGUGGACAUGGAGGACUUGGACGUGGACAUGGACGUGGACAUGGACGUGGACAUGGACGUGGACGUGGACGUGGACGUGGACGUGGACGUGGACAUGGACGUGGACGUGGACGUGGACGUGGACGUGGACGUGGACGUGGACAUGGACCUGGACAUGGACGUGGACGUGGACGUGGACGUGGACAUGGACGUGGACGUGGACAUGGUCGUGGACGUGGACGUGGACGUGGACGUGGACAUGGACGUGGACGUGGACGUGGACGUGGACGUGGACGUGGACGUGGACGUGGACGUGGACAUGGACGUGGACAUGGACGUGGACGUGGACGUGGACAUGGACGUGGACGUGGACGUGGACGUGGACGUGGAGGACGUGGACGUGGACGUGGACGUGGACGUGGAGAACUUGGACGUGGACAUGGACGUGAACGUGGACGUGGACGUGGACGUGGAGGACUUGGACGUGGACAUGGACGUGGACGUGGACGUGGACGUGGACGUGGACGUGGAGGACGUGGACGUGGACGUGGACGACGUGGACGUGGACGUGGACGUGGACGUGGACGUGGAGGACGUGGACGUGGAAAACUUGGACGUGGACAUGGACGUGAACGUGGACGUGGACGUGGACGUGGAGGACUUGGACGUGGACAUGGACGUGGACGUGGACGUGGACAUUGACGUAGACGUGGACGUGGACGUGGUCGUGGACGUGGUCGUGGACGUGGACCUGGACGUGGACGUGGACGUGGACGUGGACGUGGACGCGGUCGUGGACGCGGACCUGGACGUGGACGCGGUCGUGGACGCGGACGUGGACGCGGACCUGGACGCGGACCUGGACGUGGACGUGGACGUGGACGUGGACGCGGACGUGGACGCGGACGUGGACGCGGACGUGGACGCGGACGUGGACGCGGACGUGGACGACGUGGACGUGGACGUGGACGUGGAGAACUUGGACGUGGACGUGGAGGACGUGGACAUGGACGUGGACGUGGAGAACUUGGACGUGGACAUGGACGUGAACGUGGACGUGGACGUGGACGUGGAGGACUUGGACGUGGACAUGGACGUGGACGUGGACGUGGACAUGGACGUGGACGUGGACGUGGACGUGGACGUGGACGUGGACAUGGACGUGGACGUGGACGUGGACGUGGACGUGGACAUGGACCUGGACAUGGACGUGGACGUGGACGUGAACGUGAACAUGGACGUGGACGUGGACAUGGUCGUGGACGUGGACGUGGAGGUGGACAUUGACGUGGACGACGUGGACGUGGACGUGGACGUGGACGUGGAGGACGUGGACGUGGACGUGGACGUGGAGAACUUGGACGUGGACAUGGAGGACUUGGACGUGGACAUGGACGUGGACAUGGACGUGGACAUGGACGUGGACGUGGACGUGGACGUGGACGUGGACGUGGACAUGGACGUGGACGUGGACGUGGACGUGGACGUGGACGUGGACGUGGACAUGGACCUGGACAUGGACGUGGACGUGGACGUGGACGUGGACAUGGACGUGGACGUGGACAUGGUCGUGGACGUGGACGUGGACGUGGACGUGGACAUGGACGUGGACGUGGACGUGGACGUGGACGUGGACGUGGACGUGGACGUGGACGUGGACAUGGACGUGGACAUGGACGUGGACGUGGACGUGGACAUGGACGUGGACGUGGACGUGGACGUGGACGUGGAGGACGUGGACGUGGACGUGGACGUGGACGUGGACGUGGAGAACUUGGACGUGGACAUGGACGUGAACGUGGACGUGGACGUGGACGUGGAGGACUUGGACGUGGACAUGGACGUGGACGUGGACGUGGACGUGGACGUGGACGUGGAGGACGUGGACGUGGACGUGGACGACGUGGACGUGGACGUGGACGUGGACGUGGACGUGGAGGACGUGGACGUGGAAAACUUGGACGUGGACAUGGACGUGAACGUGGACGUGGACGUGGACGUGGAGGACUUGGACGUGGACAUGGACGUGGACGUGGACGUGGACAUUGACGUGGACGUGGACGUGGACGUGGUCGUGGACGUGGUCGUGGACGUGGACCUGGACGUGGACGUGGACGUGGACGUGGACGUGGACGCGGUCGUGGACGCGGACCUGGACGUGGACGCGGUCGUGGACGCGGACGUGGACGCGGACCUGGACGCGGACCUGGACGUGGACGUGGACGUGGACGUGGACGCGGACGUGGACGCGGACGUGGACGCGGACGUGGACGCGGACGUGGACGCGGACGUGGACGCGGACGUGGACGCGGACGUGGACGCGGACGUGGACGCGGACGUGGACGCGGACGUGCGUGGACGUGGACACGUGGACGUGGACGUGGACGUGGACGUGGACGUGGACGUGGACGUGGACAUGGACGUGGACGUGGACGUGGACGUGGACGUGGACGUGGACGUGGAGGACUUGGACGUGGACAUGGACGUGGACGUGGACGGGGACGCGGACGUGGACGUGGACGUGGACAUGGACGUGGACGUGGACGUGGACGUGGACAUGGACGUGGACAUGGACGUGGACGUGGACGUGGACGUGGACGUGGACGUGGACAUGGACGUGGACGUGGACAUGGUCGUGGACGUGGACGUGGACGUGGACGUGGACGUGGACCUGGACGUGGACGUGGACAUGGACAUGGACGUGGACGUGGACGUGGACAUGGACGUGGACGUGGACGUGAACAAGACGUGGACGUGA